AUGCAAAUAAAUCUUUCAUUCCUAUCUCCUCUCUCUCCACCUCCUUCCCUUCCCUAUACAUCAUCAUCCACCGGCAUAUUUAUGCCCUCUAUUCAACCCUUUCUUUCAUCUUCUUCGACCAACAUAGACUCUCCUGAGAGCCCCGUAAUCCCAAAAAAAAUUCCAUUCUGUUGGACUUGUCGCGAAAAUAUAGAGAAAAAAAACAAAGAAACGCUUAUGAUGAGCAUGCCCAAGCCCAACCACAACCAAUCGAAGCAGGGGGUAUCACAGCGCAAAUUUUUCGCAUCGCAUCCAGGCAAUACAUGUUCCAAGAAGAAAAGUUUCUCUUUCCAAGGCUCCAGCCUCCUCGGGUCCAAGAGUGUAAAUAUCGUUGGACUCGUCAUACUCAACGUGCGCAAUACGUUUGAAUAUCGUUCCCGGGAUGCUUCUGUAUCCUGA